GCGCGCCCUUCGGCCAGGCCGGGAGCCGCGCCAGUCGGAGCCCCCGGCCCAGCUUGGCCCGCCUCCCUCUCGGCGUCCACCUGCCCGGAGUACUGCCAGCGGGCAUGACCGACCCACCAGGGGCGCCGCCGCCGGCGCUCGCAGGCCGCGGAUGAAGAAGAAAACCCGGCGCCGCUCGACCCGGAGCGAGGAAUUGACCCCGAGCGAGGAGUUGACCCGGAGCGAGGAGUUGACCCUGAGUGAGGAAGCGACCUGGAGUGAAGAGGCGACCCAGAGUGAGGAGGCGACCCAGGGCGAAGAGAUGAAUCGGAGCCAGGAGGUGACCCGAGACGAGGAGUCGACCCAGAGCGAGGAGGUGACCAGGGAGGAAAUGGCGGCAGCUGGGCUCACCGUGACUGUCACCCACAGUGAGUGUCGGGCGCCAGGCAAUGAGAAGCAUGACCUUCAUGUUACCCCCCAGCAGGGCAGCAGUGAACCAGUUGUCCAAGACCUGGCCCAGGUUGUUGAAGAGGUCAUAGGGGUUCCACAGUCUUUUCAGAAACUCAUAUUUAAGGGAAAAUCUCUGAAGGAAAUGGAAACACCGUUGUCAGCACUUGGAAUACAAGAUGGUUGCCGGGUCAUGUUAAUUGGGAAAAAGAACAGUUCACAGGAAGAGGUUGAACUAAAGAAGUUGAAACAUUUGGAGAAGUCUGUGGAGAAGAUAGCUGACCAGCUGGAAGAGUUGAAUAAAGAGCUUACUGGAAUCCAGCAGGGUUUUCUGCCCAAGGAUUUGCAAGCUGAAGCUCUCUGCAAACUUGAUAGGAGAGUAAAAGCCACAAUAGAGCAGUUUAUGAAGAUCUUGGAGGAGAUUGACACACUGAUCCUGCCAGAAAAUUUCAAAGACAGUAGAUUGAAAAGGAAAGGCUUGGUAAAAAAGGUUCAGAGGGAAGAAAGGAGAUAGUAGUGGAUGCUGUGUUCUGCCAUCAACAGCCCUCCCGCAAGUCUGAGGCACUCAUUUCCCCCGCUGCCAGAAAUAUUGACCACUCACUGCAAGUCUCUUCCUAGGAAUUACCCUCAGAGAAUGAAGCUGCCUUGCCCAGGGCUGCAUCCACUACCCAGGAACAGCCCAUAUCCCAUGUCGGGUUGAUGUGGUUACAAAGGGCCUGAUCCCCUCGCCCAAAGCUGCCUGUAGGUUCAUCUGAAGCCUCUGUUGCGCUGCAUGGAAGUCAACUUCCCUCAUCCUUCAUAGAUGUUAAUCCCAUGAACGCUCCCCAGUAAAUUGCAUGUAUAGCUCAGAAUCUGUUUCCUGGGGCAUAGGUCAGUUUAACGAACUCCGAAAGAGGCUCAAAGAGGUGACACAAUGCAGUUUGUUAAGGCAGAGCUAGGAUUUUCCCACACGUCUGUUGCAGCCCAGAGCCUGACUCUUUCUAUAUACACUGGUGUACCCCUCAAGGUCUGGCUGAACUGCUUAAAGGACAUGAGCAAACUGUGAUGUGACUGACAAGCAUGAUGGGUGGAUGAGGGAACUGGAGCUACGUCUAAUGGCACAGGUGGAAGGAAGGGCGUUUAUGUAAAUUAGAGAAGGGCAGGAUGCUCCCUGAAGUCUCUGAAGGGCUAUCCUGGGGCUGAGGGAGAGAUGGACUCUUUUCAGCCUCACAAAGCAGAGCCCAUCUCGGUGAGGAGGCUGCAGGGAAGCAGGUUUGGGUUCCAUAUGAAGCAGAAUUUUCUCUCAGUGGGAGCUAUGCCACAGUGAAAGAGGCUUUCUCCAGAAGUAGUGAGUUUCCCAUCACUGGAGGUGUGCAAGGCAAUGUAGUUUUAUAUUUUCCUGGAGAUGUUAUUACAGGGUAUUUCCACAGAGAGAGGGAAACAGAAACUUAGACUAAGUCACCCCGAUGUGCUGUUUAAGCCUGGCAUUGGGGUAUCAAAAUGCAAACCUAGACCUGUCACUGAACUGCUUAAAACCCUUCCAUGUCAAAUUGCCCAAACUGAAAGUGAUCCAAAUGUCCUUCAACAGGAGAAUGGAGAAAUGAAUACAAUGGGGCACUACUGAACAAUUAAAACAAGCAACUGAUACAUGCAAUAACGUGGCUGAAUCUCAAAAAUAGUUUGCUGAGCAUAAGAAACCACAUACAAAAGAUUAUAUACCCUAUGAUUUCAUUUAUGUGAAAUCCUAGAACAGGCCAACUAAUCUAUGAUGGAAAAAAAUCACAUUGGGAAGCUGAGGCACGAGGAUCACUUGAAGCCAGGAGUUUGAGACCAGCCUGGGCAACAUAGCAAGACCUCAUCUCUACAAAAAAUGUAACCAUGAGGGCAGGUUGCAGUAGCACACACCUGUAAUCCCAGCGCUUUGGGAGGCCGAGGCGGGUGGAUCACCUGAAGUCAGGAGUUCGAGACCAGCCUGACCAACAUGGUGAAACCCCAUAUCUACUAAAAAUACGAAAUUUGCUGGGCGUGGUGGUGCACACCUAUAAUCCCAGCUACUUAGGAGGCUGAGGCAGGAGAAUCACUUGAACCCAGUAGGCAGAGAUUGCAGUGAGCCAAGAUUGUGCCACUGGACUCCAACCUGGGUGACAGAGCAAAACUCUGUCUCAAAAAUAAAUAAAUAAAUAAAUAAAAAUUAAUUUAAAAAAAAUUUUAAAUUAGCUGAGUGUGGUGGCACACACCUGUAGUCCCAGCUACUUGUGAGGCUGAGAUAGGAGGAUCGUUUGAAUUCAGGAGGUUGAAGCUGCAGUAAGCUAUGAUUGCACCAUUGCACUCCAGCCUGGGCAACAGAGUGAGACUUUGUCUCUUAAAAAAAAAAAAAAAAGUGUCAGAGCACUGGGGUGGGGGCAGGGAUUGACUGACAUAGGGGAAUUUCUGGGGCUAUGGAAAUGUUCUGUAUUUAUUUUUCUUCCCUAAGUCCUUGUCUCAAGAGGUCCUGUAUCUUGAUGGGGGUUUGGGUUACACGAGUGUAUACAUUGUCAAGACUCAUUGAUAAGAUUCAUCGAGUGAUAAGAUUUGUGCAUUUCUUGAUAUUUAACUGUUAGGGAAAAGAAAAGCAUUUAAAAAAUAUAAAGCCCUUCCAUGGUUCCCUGUCCUGAUCACUAAGCCUCCCUAUGGACCUGAGCUGCUUAGUCUUAUGUUUAGGGUACUGUGUAAGCUGACCCUAAACUUGCUUCUUGGGCUGACUUCCCAGUACACCUCUCCAUACCCCAGCUAUUCCUCUCUGCUCACGGGUCCUAGAUUGGGCCCUGCUUUGGCUCAUGCCAUGUCCCCUCCCUGAAAUGUCUUCAUCUCUGUUCUCCUCCCGCCGAAUCAUACCCUCCUUUCAAGGCUUGAUGCUGCCCCCCAGUGAAGCUGUCCUUGAUGUCCCCCACAGUUUCCUGAGCAGAUCUGGAUGGAGGCUUCUUUCACACCACCAUGUACUGUCCCACUCACUGGGUCACCCCGCCUCCCUAUGCACCUGAGCUCCUUGGGGUUCCUUUAUGUCUGCCUUUGUGCAGCACUUGGUUCAAUGUCCCAUACUGUGGGUGUUCAGGAAUUGAAUACUAAAGUGCAUUGGUGUAAUCCCAGCACCUUGGGAAGCCGAGGCGGGCAAAUCUUGGGGUUGGAAGUUCGAGACCAGCCUGGCCAACAUGGUGAAACUCCGUCUCUACUAAAAAUACAAAAAUUAGUUGGGUGUGGUGGCAUGUGCCUGUAAUCCCAGCUACUCAGGAGGCUGAGGCAGGAUAAUUGCUUCAACCUAGGAGGCAGAGGUUGCAGUGAGCCAAGAUCGUGCCACUGCACUCCAGCCUGGGCAACAAGGCAAGACUCUGUCUUGAAAAAAAAAUUUUUGUUUAAAUAAAAAAAAAAGUGUAUUGGGAGGAGGGGGUGUUCAGAACUCUAAGAUGUCAGAGUUUCUUUCUGGGGGAUGUGGGGAAAAGCUACAUUUACCCCCAGGCUGCCCUUGACCUUGACCCAAAGUGCCCCCUCCUCACUCAGCCCAGGCAGUAGUCUGAAAUGUGCAAAAAACAAAAACAAAAACAAACAAACAAAAACCAAACUUCUUCAGAGCAGGCUUUUCAGUGUUCCCAACUGCUCAAGGAGUAGGUAGGUGUAGGUGCCAGGCUGGGCGUAAGCAGGCUGGGCAUAAGCAGGCUGCUCCUGAACAGGUCCCCAGACCCAUUUCCCUUUCCCCCUGUGCCCAGGUCUGUUUCCAGCUGGGGAAAUGGGUGUGGGACUGGCCAUGAGGUCAGUGGCCCUGGGAUCCUGCCAGGCGUUGCCUUAUAACUUGUGGCUUUUGUCCAGGCGGGUCCUAACUGGUCUCCCCGCUUCCCUGUUCAGUUUAUUCUCAAUGUACCAACCAGAGCAACCCUUGAAAGACAUAACUCUCUGCUCAAAGCUUUCAGUGCCUCCCAUUUUAGUCAGAGGAAAAGCCAAGUUCUUAUGUUGGCCAACAAGGUCUUCCCUGGUACAGUUCCAAUUUGCCUCUCUCAUCUCCUCUCCUAUCACUCCGUACAACGUCCCCUCCUGCCACACUGGUCUUACAGUACCUCAGUCACUCCAGGCAUGUUCCUGCCUCAGGUCCUUUGCACCUGAGCUGUUCCCUCUGCCUGGAAUCUUCUUCUCCCAGAUAUCCACAUGGCUUAGUCUCUCAUCUCCUUCAAGCUUUGCUCAAACUUCGGACUCUCAGAGAUAGCUCCCCUGAUUUGAAAUUGCAACCCCCUUCCAGUGCCCAUCACCCUGCCAAGUAUUUUUUUCUUAACUUUUAUCAGCUUCUAACAUACUGUUUAACAUACAUUGUAACCAUCUUGUUUAUUGUCUUUCCCCUUUUCCUCUACCCCAUUGGAUUUAUGCUCCAUCAGGACCAUGCUUUUUCUGUUUGGGUCACUAAUCUGUCUUAAGGGCUCAGAACAGUGCAUGACAUGGUAGCUGUGAGAUUGCAGGGAUGGCCCAGAUCCUGAGAGGGCCCUGCCCCAAGUAUAUGUGUCCAGUCCUAGGAAAGGGCUCUGUCAUGCUCACAUGGCUGCCCAAGUCCCAAACCACAGUCUUUCAGAGAGAUCGGGAGCUCAAAAGACCUCGGGCAGGUAUCUCUUAGCACCCACCACCCUGCACCCAGCAUACUUGUCAGUCUCUCCUGAGAGCUGGGACCCACCUGCUCCCUUCUGUCCCCACAGCCUCCAGCCCAAUAGUUGCUCAGUGCAGCUUUGAACUGGAACAAUCCCGUCCUUUACAGCUGGAGAAACUGAGGCCCCAAGAGGGUAGGGGACUUUGGUAAUUCUGCGCCAGAGUCAGGAUUUGAACCCAAGUUUCUUUUCUCCCAGCCCAGAACUUUCCCCAGCACAGUGGAGGGUGCAUAUGCAGAAUGAAGGUACAUGGAAAAAGCUGAGGCCUCACAGGGUGCUCCAGGCCCUGCUUCUGCUCUCACCCCAAGCUCACCUACCAACACAAAGCCACAGAGAAUCCAGGUUCUGCCCACUCACCCCUGUCCACAACAAGGAGGGCAGCCAAGGCCAGGGUGAUUACCCAUUGGCGGAUGGCCAUGCUGAUCCUGGGAUAGUGUAGCCUGAGCUGGCUGGGGCCUGGGCCUGAGGAAGGAUGGGGGCCUAUUUAUAGUGCCGCUCUCCUAAUCUUAUCUAGGACCAGAUGGAGAGACCAGAGUUAAUCUUUGCACGCUGACAUCCGGAAAGGGCUUGCUCUAGGUGCAGAUGCUGAGCUUUUGAUGAGAUGGGGCUGUGGCCAUGGGGCUGGCAGGUUUCCAGAGUGACAAAAAGUCUGAACAACUUGCAAAGCUGACUCCAAUCUGAGGGUUGGAGCAAGGAGAGGAAAGUUGAAGUAGAAAGAGAGUUCAAGGCAGAGAGAAGGGGAAAGAGAUAGAGAGAGAAAGGAAAAAAGCAACUGGAAGAUGGCAGGAGGCAGAGAAGGGGGCUGGAACCUGGAUUCCUUUGCCAGUGCCUCCAGCAACCAACUCCGGGACCUCGGUAGAGCCACUUUUCUUAACUGGGCCUCAGAUCACCCAUGCACGAAGUGGAGAUGAGACUUUUGGCUCUGCCUUUCUCCCAGGCUGCUGUGAGGAUGGGGGCGGUGAUAGCAGAUGGGAAAACAUUUUGCAGAAUAUGAAAUGAGCUGUAAAUGUAAGCAGAAAUGAUCGUUUUUACUUACUUUCAUUUCACUUAUUUUUUUGUACCGCAAAGUGGGCACAACUAACAGGCAAAACAAAGGCAAAAUAAAACAUUAAAAGGAAGAUGCCUUCUUGCUUUGCAGGUAUUAUGUGUCCAUUUGCAUUUUUUUUUUUUUUUGAGACAGAGUCUCACACUGUUGCCCGGGCUGGUGUGCCUGGCGCGAUCUCGGCUGGCUGCAACCCCUGCCUCCUGGGUUCAAGCGAUUCUCCUGCCUCAGCCUCCUGAGUAGCUAGGAUUACAGGCACCCGCCACCUGCUCAGCUAAGUUUUUGUAUUUUUAGUAGAGAUGGGGUUUCACUAUGUUGGCCAAGCUGGUCUCGAACUCCUGACCUCGUGAUCCGGCCACCUCGGCCUCCCAAAGUGCUGGGAUUAUAGGCAUGAGUCACUGCGCGCAGCCUCAUCUGCAUCUUCAUAGGUUAAAUAAAGACAAGAUUCUUUUAAAGAAAAAUCAGUUUCUAAAACUCCCCCAUACUUACAUAGUAUACAUUAAUAAGUAAUUUGGAUAUUUGCUCUCAAAGAAUUUCUGAUAUAUAAAAUAAAUUUUAUUUACAUACACGUUUCUCUAAUUCAUUUAGAUCAGUGUUUUUCAGCUCUGUCUGCAGAUUGGAUUUCCCUGGGGGAGAAUUUACAAAUACAGAUGCUGAGCUUCGCUCUGAAAUAUUUAAAUCAGAAUCUGUGGUUUUUUUUUUUUUAAAGAAAAACUUUAUUUCGAAAGAUUUCAAGCCUACAGAUAAGUUGCAAGAAUAUUCCAAUGACAAGGCGAAGGAUUCUUGUUUGAGGACAGCCCCAGCCAGGUUCGGUGGCUUAUGCCUGUAAUCCUACCACUUGGGAGGCUGAGGCAGGAGGAUUGCUUGAGCCCAGAAAUUAGAGACCAGCCUGGGCAAUAUAGCAAGACCCCAACUCUACAAAAAAAAAUUUUUUUUAAUUAAAAAAAGAACAGUCCCUUUGGGGACACCAGCCAUCCAGUCACCUCUACAGACUCACAGAAGCCCCAGACCUGUGGCCAAGACUAGCUUGAGGCCCCCAGUGAUCCUUGACUCAGCUUCAAGAUCCUUCCGUUCCUCCUUAGGAAACUGCACAGUCCCAGGGAUGCCUCUGAGGCAGGUGGCAGCUAUCUUUCCAUUGCUUAGGCAGGUAGAGAAAAUAUUUAAUGAUGACUUCCUGUCCUAAGCAAAAACGCCAUCUUAUAAAAGGGGAAUUGGACUUUAAAGGUCAUCUUGGGGCCAGGCACCAUGGCUCACACCUGUAAUCCCAGCACUUUGGGAGGAGGCUGAGGCGGGUGCAUUCACUUGAGGUCAGGAGUUCGAGACCAGCCCUGGUCAACAUGGUGAAACCCAUCUCUACCAAAAAUACAAAAAAUUAGCCGGGCGUGGUGGUGCAUACCUGUAAUCCCAGCUACUCAGGAGGCUGAGGCAGGAGAAUUGCUUGAACCUGGGAGGUGGAGGGUGCAGUGAGCCAAGGUCACGCCACUGCAUUCCAGCCUGGUGACAGAGCGAGAAACUGCCUCAAUAAAUAAAUAAAUAAAUAAAUAAAAAUAGGCUUGGUGUGGUGGCUCACGCCUGUAAUCCUAGCACUUUGGGAGGCCAAGCUGCGUGGAUCACCUGAGGUCAGGAGUUCGAGACCAGGCUGGCUGACAUGGUGAAACCCCAUCUCUACUAAAAAUACACACACACACACACACACACACAAAUUAGCUGGGUGUGGUGGUGUGUGCCUGUAAUCUCAGUUACUUGGGAGGCUGAGGGAGGAGAAUUCCUUGAACUAGGGAGGCGGAGGUUGCAGUGAGCCGAGAUUGCGCCACUGCACUCCAGCCUGGGUGAUGGAACCAGACUGUCUCAAAAUAAAUAAAUAGAUACAUAAAUAAAUAAAAUAAUAAAAUAAAAAAUAAUGGUCAUCUGGGUUUCAUCUCCCUUCUUCCACUAGGGCUUUCCUACAGCAGCCCCACUGGGAGGUCAUUCUUGGUGAUGGGGAGCUCACUACCUACCAGUUUCGUUGUUGGAUGGCUUCGAACAAAGACAGUCCUUCCUCACACAAGAGGUCUGCCUCCCUGAGAGUCCUUGGGGCUUGUAGCUUUGUCUCUGGCCUCCUGUACUUGCAUGAACCUCCUGUACUUGCACAAGCACCUCUAGGCUGAGCAGGUCUGCCGUCUGCCUGCCUCCUACCCUUGCACAUGUGAAGCUCCUGGGCCUCUCUUCAUUUCUCAUCUGAUCACUGACAGGUCUGUCUGUCAGUGUCCCAGGUUACAGUGAGGAAGAGACAGAGGGGAGCAAAGGGGUUUGAUCCCUUCCUUGUUUUGGACCUUAGAUUUCUAUCCACGUGGCAGGAAUGGCUACUGAACAUUCUAGCUGCUGCAAGGAGCCAGGACGCUUGAAUUUUGCAUCCUUCAAAGCACAGAGUAAAGUCAAGGGCAGCCUGUGGAGUACUGAGCUCACUUACCAUCCCAGCCCACCCCAAGGUCUCCUCUUCAGACAAAUACCUUCUAGAUUCACUCAUAGUAACAAACUUCCUAAUCUGUCAUCCCAUCAAAGUGUGAACCUAACUCCUAUAUCCAACUGCUAUUGAACAGCCCACUAAGGAUGUCAGUGCAUCCAAGAAAACCUCACCAUUAAUUCACCAUUCAUGUAUUCAGUAAAAGUUUAACGAGCGGCUAA